AUUUUUUUAAAUUCGAACUUUUUUAUAAUAAUUUUUUUAUAAUUUUUUUCGAAAUUUUUUUUAAUAAAAUUUUAAAUCUCAAUCUCAAAUCUCCAUCUCUCAACUCUAAACCCUACGGUUUUGAUUAGUUAAUCCUAGGGGUAUAACUGUAGAUCUCUUUAAUGAAACAUUUUGGUUAUUUUGAUCCUUAGGAUCUGUAUUUGUGACAUAAACCUUUUUAGUGCUAUUCUAGGGUAUUUCCCAUUUUAAUUUUUAAAACGACUAUAAAUUACUAAAAUAGUUAAAUGUCUCAUUACUAAAAUUUUGUCAUCAAUGGUUUAAUUUUUUUGGUGAUAAAAAAAUACAAAUGAUCAUAAAUUGUAUGAAUAUGACUAGACAUUCAUAUUAUAUUUUAAUAUUUUUUUAAAUUAAAUUAUAUAGCAUAGAAAAAUACUCAAGUAUGAUAAUUUCUAAAUUUGUAUUAAAAAAUAUUAAAAUCUUAUUAUUUUAAUUUUAAAAUUUGCAUUCAAAAAAUCGCACAUUAGAAAUUUUGUGUUUAUCGUAUGAAUAUGAUUCUAAAUAAUAAAUAUUUAUAUUAAAAUAUACUAUAUAUAUAUAUAUCCAUGUCAUUAAAAUUUAGUUAUAUACUAUAUAAAACAAAUAAAAUAAUGUUUUGAUUUAUUUACCAAAAAAAGUAUCAUAAAUUAGAUGUAUUGUUUCGAUUUAUAUGCUCACUCUGAUUUAAUUAUAUACAUAAUAAAUAAAUGAAUAUAAAUAAAUAAUAAUAUAUAAAAUUUAUUUUUAUAUAUAACAUAAUUGUGCGGGUCUUAAGUCAUAUGAUAAUCUAGAAUACUUAUACACUAAUCAGCAUCCCAACCAUUAUAUAAGAAGUUGUAAAAUAUGAAAUACAUAUUUAUAAAAUAUCUAAUUCAAAACCAAGAGCGCCCAUAGAAGUGAGAUAGAUUUUUAGCUUAAUCCCGCUUAGACUCACAUGGACUUUUCCAUUGUCGGAUUGAGCCAUCAACCAAACAUAUUUUAGCUGAAUUAAUUUAUUCUAUUUCUCGAGACUUAUUAAUUAAACAAUUAGAUAAAAGAAAUGUUAUUCCUCAAAUCUGUUUUCAAGUAGGUGAGUAGAUCGAAACCCAGAACAACCUCUUUUUUUUUGCUUAAAACCCCAAGAACUACUUAUAGACCUAACUUUAACAACAACAAUACAAAAGAAAUGUACUAAGCACACAAUACAAAACGAAGCAUGAUGGUCUAACUAACUCCAGCGAAUAUAACUUAUGAGCGAGUGGUAAGGAAAAACACUUUCCUUGUAAAGAAGAAAGAAAAUUCACAUUAAUUAGGUUAGAAGAAAUCAUAAAAGAAAAUUCAAAACUUUUGAUCACAUGGUUGUGUGGACUAAACUUGGACUUUUCUUUAAUCAUAUAGUUCAUUUUUCAUUUUCAAGGAAGAUCGAUCCUUUUACUUAUGUUCUUUUUAUUUAAUUGUAAUGACACUCCCAGAGUUAAAAACCAGUAUUGAAAGAAGCAAAUGGUUUUGCCUCUCCAAGUAGGCAACUAUGCCUCCCAAAGAAAAAGAGACAUCAUGCUCACUCCAUGCCUAUAAAUACUCCUCAAAUCAAUAACUUAUCCAUUCAAAUUGUGUCUGAGAACAAAAAGGCAAAAAAAAGAAAAAAAGAAGAAGAUGGGUUUAAUCAAAGAGAAAGAGAUGGAGAUUCCAGUCAUUGAUUUUAGUGAACUGGAUGGAGAAAACAGAACCAAGACUAUGUCUCUUCUUGAUCAUGCAUGUGAUAAGUGGGGCUUCUUCAUGGUUGAUAAUCAUGGAAUUGAUAAAGAAUUGAUGGAUAAAGUAAAACAGCUGAUUAACUCUCAUUAUGAGGAGCAUUUGAAAGAGAAGUUUUACCAGUCAGAGAUGGUCAAGGCUUUGAGUGAAGGCAAAACGUCAGAUGCUGAUUGGGAAAGCACUUUCUUCGUUUGGCAUAAGCCGACUUCAAACAUAUCCAAAGUCUCCAACAUUUCAGAUGAACUCAUCAAGACAAUGGAUGAAUAUGUUUCUCAACUGCACAAGUUUGCAGAAAGGCUCUCUAAACUCAUGUGUGAAAAUCUUGGUCUCCCUCGAGAACACAUAGUGAAUGCGUUCUCCGGUAUAGAAGGUCCAGUUUUUGGGACAAAAGUGGCUAAAUACCCAGAAUGCCCUCAUCCGGAGCUCAUUAGAGGGCUGAGAGAACAUACUGAUGCUGGAGGGAUCAUAUUGCUCUUGCAGGAUGAUUGUAAAUUAUAAUAGAAUAGAUAUAUUAUUGUGUUGUGUUUAAUAAGAGAAUACAAUAUGCAUAUAUAUAGUAGUAACAUUAGCAUAAUGUUAACACUAGAUAAUGCUAACUUUCCUAAACAUUUAAUGUAAAUAUGCUAGAAUAUCUUGAGAGUAACUUGUUCUUCAAGUCUUUUCCUUUUAGUUUUGAUGAUCUUCAAGGGUUUCACGGGCUUCACAAUCUUGGUCCGUAAGAUACACAUCUUACAGCCCACAUAUCUCUAAUACUCCCCCGCACGACAAACGUGGGAUGCAACACGCAAAUCUGCAAUCGCAAAGCAGACCACGUAUGUCGUGGACACUAUGUCGAGAAAAACAAAUCAGUAGGUUCCUCCGAGAAUAAACUUCAACUUUAGACAAGGAGGGGUGAAAACUUCAGCUCUUCUUUGGUCUUGACAAUGAGAAUACAUCCCGUGGGCGCAACUGCAGCUCCACAAACAAUCGUCCUUAACUUGGACAGUCCAUACACCGGACUAAAAAAAAACUGACCUAAAAAUUUAAUCGUUCAACUAGAACUCCCCCGUAAUGGUUAAACUAUAACCAAAGUAUUCCAAACUAUGGAAUAUAAAAAAAGACAUAUCUUGAGAAAUUCUAAACCAUAGAAUAAUCUCUACAUAAAAUAACCCAUGUGAAAACUACAAACCCAUAAACCCACUAACUUUUGCACUCAGCCGACCAAACUAAAACAAAUGUUAGAAAGAAAAGAAAAAAAAAUCCCUUUGACAUAGGUAAACGUACUAAACAAAACCCUAAUAGUUAUUAUUCUUAACUAAAACACCAAACUCCAACGACCACAUUCACGUUACCAUGUCGUUUUCAUCGUCGCCAUCCUCACCAUCUUCUUCAACAUCGCCAACACCAACGAUGAUGAUCAUCAAAGCUUUAAACUUAUAAUGCGGAAGCUUUAAUUUUGAUCCCUAAGAAUCGAAUGCUCUGAUACCAUGUAUGUAAAUAUAUAGUAGUAAGAGAAUAUUCUAUUAUACUUUAUAUGCUCUGAUACCAUGUAUGUAAACUUAUAAACCUGGCUCUGAUACCAUGUUAGAUUUGAGUUUAUUAUGGGCUUCCAACUCAAAACCAAUUGGCAAUUAGUGGAUUGGCCCUAACCCUUUAUAUAUUACUUAAUGUCCCAUUGAUUUUCCAAUGUGGGAUACAUAUCCCUUAAUACCCCUCCUCGAGAUGAUGGCUCUUAUCGGCCAGAAAUCUCGGAACUUUAAGACAGUUAUACUCGGUCGAGCGAGUCAAUUACGACCUAUAUACCCGGUCGGGUAGGGUUAAUAUUAAUUAGGGGUUUAACUUAUUAGAACCUGGCUCUGAUACCAUGUAAAUUAUAAUAGAAUAGAUAUAUUAUUGUGUUGUGUUUAAUAAGAGAAUACAAUAUGCAUAUAUAUAGUAGUAACAUUAGCAUAAUGUUAACACUAGAUAAUGCUAACUUUCCUAAACAUUUAAUGUAAAUAUGCUAGAAUAUCUUGAGAGUAACUUGUUCUUCAAGUCUUUUCCUUUUAGUUUUGAUGAUCUUCAAGGGUUUCACGGGCUUCACAAUCUUGGUCCGUAAGAUACACAUCUUACAGCCCACAUAUCUCUAAUAAUGAUCAAGUGCCUGGUCUUGAGUUCUUAAAAGAUGGGAAGUGGGUUCCUAUCCCACCAUCGAAGAACAAUACCAUUUUUGUCAAUACCGGUGAUCAAGUCGAGAUAUUGAGUAAUGGGAGGUACAAGAGUGUUGUACACCGUGUGAUGACGAUGAAGCAAGGAAGUCUGUCGAUAGCUACAUUUUACAAUCCAGCUGGGGAUGCCAUAAUAUCUCCAGCUCAAGAGAUGUUGUACCCAAGUGGUUACCGAUUCCAAGACUACCUUAAGCUUUAUUCAACCACUAAGUUUGGAGACAAAGGCUCUAGAUUUAAUACCAUGAAGAAAAUGGAGAAUGGGGAUUCCGUCUAGGAUGCAUCGCCUGAACGUAACGCUGCUUUUGUAUUUCACAUGAAACUCUAUUUCUAUUAAAACUUUGUCUUCUUGUUGUGUUUCUUUCAUAAAGGAAUAACAAUUAUGCCAGGAUCAUGCUGAUUCAACUA